CCCUACACCACCGCUGCUCCUUACUUACCACGUCACAUUCCCCGUACCAGUCAAGGGCGAAAUUCGUCCAUAGAAAAAUGUUCACAGUGAAACGCCUUUCACCUGCUCCUGCUCUCUCGGAUAUCAACAAUUUUAUUAUUCCUCGGCGUUUUAUUGCUGCAGAAACGUUCACAAUGAGUUGGGCUGAUUUGGGUAGUGAGUCAACCUGGCAACCAGCUGCUCGUGCUGCUCGAAGCCCUUAUAUUCCUCCUCACUUAAGGCACCAGAAUGCCAAUGUCGAUGCUUCCUCUUAUGGGUUUUCUUCAGAGUCGACUCCUGCGCGUUUCCACCGUUCCAACUCUUCUCGACCUGCUGGGAACGGUCGUGGUCGCGGUCGCGGGAGUGGACACUGGUCCAACCGCCAAAACUUGCGCAGCGACCCAAACCCAUAUCCAGACUCUGAUGACCUUAGUCACCUGACAGACAAGUUUGAUGAACUAGAGGUCAUAGAGGACACCUCCGCUGAAGUAUUAGCUGCCAACUUAGACGCAUAUGAGGACAUUCCGGUGGAAACAAGCGGUGAUGAUAUACCGCCACCGGUGAAGUCGUUUUCUGAUAUCGACUUAGGAGAUGGGUUGAAGCAGAACAUUAAGCGGUGCAAGUAUUUGAAGCCUACUCCGAUCCAGCGACACGCAAUCCCCAUGGCACUUGCGGGUCGGGAUCUGAUGGCCUGUGCCCAGACUGGCUCCGGGAAAACUGCUGCAUUUUGCUUUCCGAUCAUUUGCGGAGUCUUGAAAGACAGACUGUUGCCAGCGCGUUGUGGUCGCGGUCGUGGAGGGAAGAUGAUGGCGUGUCCUCUUGCGCUUAUUUUGGCUCCUACUAGAGAGUUGUCUUGUCAGAUACAUGAGGAGGCAAAGAAAUUCGCCUAUCAGACUGGUGCCAAGAUUGUUGUUGCUUAUGGCGGGGCGCCCAUUGCUCAGCAGUUACAUAAUCUGGAAAGAGGUGUUGACAUCUUAGUUGCAACUCCUGGGCGUUUGGUAGAUAUGAUUGAGAGAGCAAGGGUUUCUCUUAGGAUGAUAAAAUACCUGGCAUUGGAUGAAGCUGACCGCAUGUUGGAUAUGGGUUUCGAGCCUCAAAUUCGGAAGAUCGUUGAGCAAAUGGACAUGCCCCCACCAGGGACAAGGCAGACAAUGCUAUUUAGUGCUACAUUUCCAAAUGAGAUUCAGAGACUUGCUUCUGAUUUUCUUUCAAACUACAUAUUUCUGUCAGUUGGGAGGGUCGGUUCUAGCACAGAUUUGAUUAUACAAAAAGUUGAAUUAGUUCAGGAGAUGGACAAAAGAAACUACCUGUUGGAUCUUCUUUGUGCUCUGAAGCAUAAUGAAACCUAUGGAAAGCAUGCCUUGACUCUUGUUUUUGUGGAAACAAAGAGAGGAGCAGAUGCUUUAGAACACUGGUUGAGCAGGAAUGGUUUUCUUGCCAUUGCAAUUCAUGGUGACAAAGGGCAAAUGGAAAGGGAACGUGCUCUGAGAUCCUUUAAAACUGGUGUCACUCCAAUCUUAGUGGCGACUGAUGUUGCUUCCAGGGGUCUAGAUAUCCCCCAUGUGUCUCAUGUCAUCAAUUUUGACUUGCCAAAGGACAUAGAUGACUAUGUACACAGGAUAGGUCGAACUGGCCGUGCUGGGAAAUCUGGCCUGGCAACAGCAUUCUUCAGUGACAAGAACCUUCCACUUGCAAAGGCACUUGUGGAGCUAAUGAAAGAAUCAAAUCAGGAAAUACCCUCUUGGCUUAAUGAAUAUGCUGAGAAUUCAUCUUACGGUAGUGGUGGUGGUGGUCGUGCCAAACGAUAUGGAGGCAAGUUUGGUGGCCACGAUUUUAGGAAAGGUGCACAAUCUGGGAGUGGGAAAGGAUAUUACUCAAGCACUUAUGGUGAUGCCGGCCCUGUCUCAGAUGCUUAUGCUGCUUCUGGAGCAGUUCCUUACGCUGUCUAUGGCAGUUCAGACUAUUAUGCUCCUACUGAUAGCAAUAGUUAUACCAAUGCUGACUAUGUUGCUGAUAGUAACGAAAUGCCCUAUGCAGCAGCAUCAUCUCCUGGAUAUGGAUACGGUUAUGGAUCAGUUGUUCCUAGCGGAUGGGAUUAAAUAAGCAUCCUUCUCUUUUGUUGUUUCAUUUUAUACAUUAGAAAAGGUCUUGGGAUUAGAUAAGGUCUUUGAUUGCUUUAUGACAAUUAAGAAUACAGUAGUACUAUUCAAGACUAGUAGUUUAUAGGUGGGUAAUAGAUUUUGAUAAAUAGUUGUUUACAGGGAAUUGUUGAAGGAUUUAUAUAGGCUUCUAGUGUUAUGGGGCACUGUUUAUCAGUUUGCUCCUGGGGCAGAACCCGUUCUAACCAGUAUGGUUUUGAGGUUGUUUGGUGUUAGCCAUUUUUUGUUUGCUCCAUUUUGGCUGGCAUUCUUAUAUUGGAAAAGCUUCUUAGCUGACAUGAAUGAAUCUCCUGUUACAUU